CCUACCUUUCGUUGGAUCGCCGUUCUUAAAAGUGGCUGGCCCACAUAACAACCCCUUAGUGAUCAUCGACACGCGUUCUCGUUCACGUCGACCGCAUCGCCGAGCAAGAAUUCUCGGAGCCUCUCUCUCUAGGACGAUCGCGUAGCGGUUUUUACGUGCGCAACUACGCCGAGUUAUUUAUUUAUAUAUAUAUAUAUAUAUUUUUUUUUUUAAUUCUUCUAUUCUCUACCGUCGCCGAAUCUCUGGGAUAUUAACGAGUCGACACCACGUCGUCACUCCGGUGAGUCGAAAUAAAUGCUGAGUGCAAACCCGAUUUGGAGUUGUCACUGAAUGGCUGAGCGAAAGCAGCGGUUGCAGGAGGCACGAGAUGAAUCUGGCAGAAAUUAAAUCCAUUCGUAGCUCGCAUGGAAAAACCUGGAACGGCGUGAACGUGUGCCAGUUUUCGUUCUGUCUUUCGAGAAGUCUGUUCCCCUAUCUCUGAGCGAGAUUUUCUUCCACUGUACAGUUCAAAGGAGAGAAAAACGAAGGAAAGAGAGAGAGAGAGAGAGAGAAGUAGGCGAGAAAGGAGGAAAACGAACGAGAAGAGAUACAGCGGCGAGAAAGAAGUGUAAGAAGAGUAGGAAGAGGAAGUAGGAAGAAGUAGGAAGGAGAUAAAAGAGAGACCGUAUCGAGACCAAAGAAAAAGCCGAAGAGGACCCGCGGGAUAACCGGAAUUUUGGGGCUAUUCUCUGAUCUCGAGUAUAAGAGACGCCUAUCGAGGAAGAGAAGGGACAAGGAAGGGAGAAAGCGAGAAGAAGAAGAAGAAGCAGGAGGCUGUUUGAUAGCGCGCGAGAAGCUUCCUACGGGCCGCCCCGUUUCCAGAGAGGGAAGUAAUUAAGGAUUAUUUCGUUUCGCUGCGAAAGAAGAACGCCAAAAUGAGCACAAUGACUGCCACUCAAUCCUCGUCCGUGAAGGACUUCUACAGGGACAGGUCUAUCUUCAUCACAGGCGGCACCGGUUUCAUGGGCAAAGUGCUCGUCGAGAAGUUACUCAGAUCCUGUCCCGGUAUCAAGAAUAUUUAUUUGCUGAUCAGACCGAAGAAAGGACAGGACGUGGAGCAGAGGCUGCGGGAGUUGUUGAACGGACCGCUGUUCGAGAAGCUGCGACGGGACGCGCCGAACGAGCUCUCGAAGAUCAUUCCCGUUUCCGGGGAUGUAACGGAACAGGAAUUGGGAAUCUCGGAAGCCGAUCAGAAUAUGCUCAUACGAUACGUGUCGGUCGUUUUCCACUCCGCUGCCACUAUAAAAUUCGACGAGGCGCUAAAGCUUUCCGUUACCAUCAACAUAGUCGGUACUAAACAGCUUUUAAAUCUGUGCCAUCGCAUGGACAACUUGGAGGCCCUCAUCCACGUGUCGACGGCAUAUUGCAAUUGCGACCGCAAAGACGUCGCCGAGGAGAUUUAUCCUGUCGCGGCCGAACCAGAAGACGUGAUCGCGUUGACGAAGGUCAUGGACGCCAGGAUGGUGGACAAUAUCACGCCGACUCUGAUCGGCAACCGGCCGAACACUUACACGUUCACCAAAGCCCUAACCGAGAGGCUAUUGCAGUCGGAGUCCGGUUACUUGCCGGUCGCGAUAGUCAGACCUUCGAUCGUGUUGUCCUCGCUGAAAGAGCCGGUAUCUGGAUGGGUGGACAACUGGAACGGCCCGACCGGAAUUAUAGCCGCCGCCGGCAAAGGUUUCUUCAGGAGUAUGUUGUGUCACGAGGACAAGAUCGCGGACUUGGUGCCCGUCGACAUAGUGAUCAACUUGAUGAUUUGUGCAGCAUGGAGGACAGCGACGAAUCGGACCAAGUCGAUCCCGAUCUACAACUGUUGUACAGGUCAACAGAACCCGAUCACUUGGAGACAAUUCGUCGAACUGAUGUUCAAAUACACCCGCAUGCAUCCGCCAAACGACGCGAUCUGGUACCCGGGCGGCCGAUGCCGCUCCAACGCUAUAGUGAACAAAAUGUGCACGCUGUUCCAGCACAUGCUGCCGGCACACAUUCUAGACUUUUUUCUGCGACUGAGGGGCAAGCCGCCGACCAUGGUCGGCAUACAAACGAAACUCCACAAAGCGACCCAAUGCCUCGAGUACUUCAGCACGCAGCAGUGGAACUUCAGGGAUGAUAACGUUCGACGAUUAGGCGAACAACUUAGCCCCGAGGACCGACAAAUCUUCAUGUUCGACGUCCGGCAAAUCGACUGGCCGUCGUAUUUGGAGCACUAUAUACUUGGGAUUCGACACUUCAUUCUGAAGGAGAGCCCGGACACGCUACCAGCUGCUCGUUCACAUAUUAAAAAAUUAUAUUGGAUUCACAAAACACUUGAAUUCGGAAUGCUGUUGGUAGUGCUGCGUUUCCUGUUUUUGCGCAGUUCCGUGACCCGAACUGCAUGUUUUUCACUGCUGUCUAUCGUGUUACGCAUGUGCCGUAUGAUUGUUUGACGGCGCAGAACCGUUGCCAAGGAUCGCGAGAAGCGUCUUAAGAAACACAAGUUAACCGUAAAGCAUAAUUUAAAGGUGCGAAUUGUCAUUCGACUUCACUGUUCGGCGUUCCCGACGACAAAUCGCUAUGUUCACACAUCCCAUGGGUUGGCCUUUUUGAUGUUUCUAUUUGUUCGUAAGUAAAUUAGCGUUCGGUAGAGGUGUAAUUCUGCAAGGUGUGUCGGUUGUUUAAAGAAAAUAAAAAAAAGAGUAAAACGUUUUAAGAAAGAACGAAAAAAAGGAGAAUACGAACAAGACAAAGCAGAGUCGAAAAUGCUGAAAAAAAGAGAAACCAAAACGUGUACCCGACAAGCUUCCGAGACAUUUAUUAUAAAAAAUCCUUUGUUACUUGGAAAGUUGAUCCUUCGACGAGAGUGAAAGGACCUUUCUUUCUUGCUAUCGCGAUGAAUCUCGCGUCGUCUAACUUGUUCGAGACAGCAUCCGUGAAAAAGAAAAAAGAGAACAGAGAGAAAGAAAGCUCGUUUUUAAUCGACCGUUUCUUAUGUAACGCGUUUUCGAUGCCGUCAAGGCGUUUCGUUCAUGAACAUCGAUUUUUUGCAUAUCGUCGAUUUGUAAUGACGCAACGUUAGGGAUAUUCGAUCAAGUUAGUCUCUGGAAGAGCGAUCAUUGUCCUCGGACUUCCUUGACGUUCGUCACGGUAUUGUUUUUUGCGGUAGCAUCAUCGCGCACACCGCCACUUCGAAACGAGUACGACGAACUCCAUGAGCCGGCAGUCCAACAACUGCUCAAAUAUAUAUUCCACCUACCUUGUUCAUUUGCAGUAUCGGACAUAUUUCGUUGAGCUUUUUGUAAAUGAUGUUUUUUGUGGCCUGGUUAGCUUGGCGAACGAAAAUGAUACCAGUGUUUUUUUAUUGUUCAGGACCGUCUAUUCUGCGUUGAAAAAUUCUUCCGCUCUUUGCUCCGCUAAUAAUCGUUGUGUAAUUUGUGUGGUGUUCCAAUGCUUUAAACCGAUCCCCGCGAAUUUUUAUCGCCGACAUGGUUUUACCAUAUUCCGUUGCCGAAGACGCGCGGCCUGUUGCUUUGUUUUUGCCAAAUGAGAAACAUGGUAAACCCGGGUUUAAUAUUAAUUGUAGAAAUAAAUUGAAUGCGGUAGUAUAAAAGUAUAUAUAUAUAUAUAUAUGUAUAUGUAUUAUAUAUAUAUGUAUAUACAUAUAUGUAUAUGUAAAUGUAUUUUAACAUGGCCAAAAAUUUUAAUGCCCGCUGACUUCCUUCCCUUUUUCAUAAUUUUUAUGGAAUAAGUUAAGUGAUACCGUAAACUACGCGCUCGGGGCGUUUUAAUCCUUUUAGAAAGUGGGUUCCCAAACGAUAUAGUUCUUGGAGUGAAUUUUUUCACGAUUUAAUAUAACAUAAUUCUGUAUACAGAGGAAAGAAUAGAAAGGAUUAAAUGUUGCCCCGAGAUCGAAUCCUUCCGAGUCUAACGCCGAACAGUCUUUAAAUCCUAGUCACAACUUCCUUGUAAACGCGGAUACGUUCGUUUCCAAACUGCAGGUACAUUUGUCCAUGGAAGAAGAAGUAGUGUGUCCGUUUUCUAGACUCGAAAGGACCGUAAUGGAAAAUUGAGAUGCCGGCUAGAGGAGUUAAAAAUUCGUCGUGCCUUUGUGUUGUCGCUAUUCCGAUAUUUUCUUGUUCAUUUACAUUGCGACGUGAGAUACAUAGACGGAUAUUCAACUAUGUUUAUUAUGUACAGAACAUGUACGUUCGAUUUAUUCGGUUUCACCAUUGACGAAUCGGAAUUUCUAAAGUGUUAAAACUUUUAUUAUGUAAUCGUUAUUCUUUAAGGUAGUAGUAUAAAUAAGGAAUUUGUAAAAAGAAGAGGUCUUCGUAAAGCUCUAGUGUAGCAGACAUUUUUGGAGUUUAAGUAUGAUGUGUAACAAUUAAAAAUUUUACGUAUCUAUAUGUUAUAUUUGACGUCAACAUUGCUUCCUUUAUUUUUAAUGGUAACUCUAGCUCUAGAAUUAUAAUCAAAAUUACACCAGUGUGUGUAGCUUGGUUUGUUGUUGGUGAAACUGAAACUGAAACUGAAACGGAAACCAAAUUCAAGGAAUGUCCUUAGUGUAUUCGCCAUUUUGAACGAACGAUUAUGGCGUUACCAACACACCAGGUGUACAUUACCUGCAUUUAAUGGUUCCCAAAAACUGCCAUCGUAAGGCAACACAGUAAAUAGAAUCAUUCGUCAACAGGGACGUUAAAACGUUCGCCAUAAAAGUAAGGGAAGAGAAAAUAUCGCUACGUAUCUUACGCGUAUAAUGGUCAUAGUUACUGGCGCAGAAAUUUUGAAGGCAUUGGCAACUUAUCUUUAUCUUCCGGUCAAGUUCUUCGCACGUAAUGUAAUUGUUAGUAGGCGGCUCAUCGACCAAAGUGACGAGAUUGGCCGAACUUAGAAUCGUUAGGCGAAGAGGUGACAAAUUUGUAAAUACAAGUUAUUGAUAUUAACGAGGAGAACGAUUUUAUAUAAUAUAAUUCGUGCAUCCAUUUUCGUGACUCAUUCGUGUGUAUUAGAGUUUGUCCAACGCAUGUUUUCGCCACUGUAUCCCGAUAUACGUAUUAUAUAUAUACAUAUAUAUAUAUAUAUUUUACCGCAGCGUCCUAUGUACAGUACACAUUCCAAUGUUCAUUUACAAAGAGACACGGAUAUCGGAUCACGAUAUCCAGGGAUCCUUCCAAAAUCUAGGACACUCAAAACACACAAGAAGCUUUUACUUGUAAUUCUCUACGAAAAUUUAUGGUACAGGUCUUGAUCUUCUUUCAUAUGCUAACCGGGGACUGCGGAACUUUAUGCGGAUUUAGAAUAUUCUACCAUUACCUGAUAAUAACAGAAAUUUACCGAGGUGUGCCAAAUUAAUUACGCCCAAGCGUUUGUAAUAUCACUCUUAGAAAUCUAAUGUAAGAUAAUAAUAUAAUAAAAAUCAAUUCAUUAAAACUAGAGAAAAAAAAACCUAUGAAGGAGGACAACUGUACUUUAUGACGAAAUGAAAAAAGAAAACAUACUUUUUCACUCCAUCGCUUCUAAUCCGUUUCUAUAAAAAUCGUUAUUGAGGCAUUCGUUGUUAAACACGACAGACAUACUCUAUAUAUGCAUAAAUUCCGCAGUCUUAUAAAAAAAAAAGAAUUAUUCAUGAUUUCAGUGAUCCGUGAAAUGCGUAUAACGUUAUUAACCAAGUGAAUCAAACGAUGUAAUGUAUCUUAUAUAGAGUGUUUCAUUUAGCUUGACCAUUUACAGAGUAUUCGAGAUAGGAAUUUUUCUAACAUUACCGCAGAGUAUAUGUUCGAUAAUUCCUAACUACUAGGAAAAUAUAUGAAAGUUUAUUAAAAGUAUCUCGAAUGUAUUGUUUUCUUAUUUAUCGAAUCCGUAGCAUAUAUUCUGUGCAUUAUUCUCGCAAAACGCUUUCCUACAUUUUCUUGUGAUGGUUAUGACGAAGAAGAACACUCUAUAUGAUUUACCGACAUACUUUAUACACACCCGGAAGGAUUAGUCAGGGUGAAGUUUUCUUUCGAUAUGAUACCAAGUGCAUGUCUACGCUAUGCUACAUUUUUAAUGUCACUAGUCAUACGCAAUGAAACGUGGAAAACCGGCCAAGUGAUUAAACGUGUAAUGUUUUUCAGUGUCCCUUGUACAUUUGUAAGUGUUUCUAUGAUGGAUACGUUUUCGCUAAUGUUAAUUUCGCGGUUGAACUUUGCAAAUGUGUGAUUCGCAUAGGUUCCCCUAAUGCAGGGCAUUACAUUUCCGACAACCGAUAUCGAACAUGAUAACUCUAUCGUUUUGGUAAAUAUAUUUCUCGAAAUUCUUAACGUAUCGACAUUAGAACACUGAUUAAUAUCUUUUGCUUUUCCAACGCGUUUCUCAUUUCGAACAAUUUGCUUAUCGCUUCCAUAGAUCGAGUUCUAUAUGAAUAUUAAUUACGAACUGAACUUUUUAUCUUCUACUUUCGCAGCAAAUUGACAAUAAAAUCGCUAAUUUUACGUGCGACAAGCAAACGAAAACGUUAUACAUAAUCAGGUAGAGACGAUGUGUCGGUUAAAUUAUCCAGGAUCUUUAAAUAUCGUUGAUUAUUAUAUUGAAAUUAUAUUGAGUAAUUUCUGUGCAUAUUGUGCGUUCGUGUUAAAAAAUAGACUUCGUCGCAAAACACCAUUGGUGGCUGAAACUGUCAUCCAAUGGACUCUCUUCUUAGAAUAAGAGCCUCAGCACAAAGCCCUUUUCUUCCAAAUAAAACACUAUACCAAACCUUUGCACAUUCAAAUGACUAAAUCCUUUGAAUAACUAUGUUUUCUUUUUAAUCACUGGCACAGUGAUCGAGGAAAAUUGAUAGAACGUCGAUGUCAAAUGGAAAACGAAAAGAUUCUCGUAUUCAGCAUAUAUUUUAGUGUCGUGCCGCGACUUUGCAGUGGUCGCUUUGAGAGGUGUGUUAUAUCUUCGACGCAAAUUGAACAAUUCUCAGAAAUUAAGAUGUUCGACUAAUCCAAAAAUAUCUUCGCUUUUUGACACGAUCCGAGUGCCGAACGCUGUCAGUAUAUUAAUGCGUUUUUAUGCUACACGUUGCCUGUGCCUUUAAGAUGAUUAAGUCGUGAUCCAUUUCUUCAAUCGCCUAUAAUUUCAUUUUUCUCACGAUCAUAACACAUUCCCUAUAAUUCGAUCGAUCGUCUAUUCCGAACUCGAAUGGGCUUACUUUGACUAUUAUUUUGCAAUCCAUCAAACGCUGCCAAUACACAAUAAGAGAAUACCCGCAAGGAAGUGUGCGAGAGAGGAAGAGAGAAAGAAAGAAAGAGAGAGAGAGAGCGAGAGAGAGAAAGAUAAAAAGGGGAGACAGAGAACAAGUUGACGGCAGUCGAUUAAUGCCGUAAAGAAAUGAUAAAAGUAAUUAUUAUUUAGCGCUAAGGAUAAAAGGAGAAAAGAAAUGAAAGAAAAGGGGUAGCGCUAUUCGAAGAUCAUCACUUGCUAGUCUCGUUUGUAUCAUUAUUUGGUUAAACAGUGCAUAACAAGGAAACAAUAUUUAAUAUAACCAAUUUAAUUAUCACAUUAUACUGUACUACUUACUUAAAUUACAUUAAAAACAAUGAACCAUCGCAAA